ACCACGCAAAUCGCAUAUCACUCAGAUUCACGCAAACAAGCUAUCUAACAUCCUCAACUCGCCCAUAAUCCCACAAGUCAAUCCUAUAUUCCUUUGAAAGAGCGGUGGACAGAGGUCACAAUGCGGGUACAAGGAUGGGAUCCGUUAUUAAUCAUUUGUCAAAUAAUUUCCCUCCAAACCAUCCAUUAUCUUACCCUCUCAACCCUUCUCCCUCCGUUUCUUACGACACUCACAUCUCCCGACAUUCUCACUUAUUCUGGCGGGCCGUCGACUGUGUCACAUGUGAUGGAUUGGCGAGAAAUGGCUGCGCGGCCGACAGUGAAUAAGGGGACUUUUCCUGGUGUUGAGGGAUGGAGAAAAUUGAGAGGCGCUUGGGCAGGAGGCAAGUGGAUUGGUAAAGUGAAGCAAGAAGGGGAAAUGGGAAUGAAGGAAAUGAAGGAAAUGAAGGAGGAGAUGUGGGAUUAUGGGGUGGAUAAGAAGAGGGGAUGGGUUAUCGCUGGGACGUGGAUGCUGGCAUUUGCCAUCGAUAUUUUGCCAUUGUACUAUAUCGUUCGUCGACCGACACAUAUCCUUGACUUCGCUCUUACUCUCAUUUUCAACCAUUUUAUUUUGACGACCUAUUACUCCGCCUCCUUCCCUACAUCAAUGUUUUAUUGGCUGGUUCAAGCAUGUGGGGCAGUCCUCAUGGUUGUUUCUGCCGAAGCUCUGUGCGUAAAAAGAGAGAUGAAAUCAGCGCUCGAAAUCGGAUGGACCUCAGAUCCAGAAGCAGGAUUACCUCUCUUCGAGCAUCAGCCUGACGUUAGUGGUGAUAUAAACAGUAUUCCUCAGGCUGGACCCAGUACAAAUAACGUCAAGCAAUCAGAGGCUGCCGGACCAACAGAGGAGAUUGAGCUACAUGAGCUGCAAGAAAGAUGAUAGGAACACCGCUCUGUUCUGUUACUCUUGGACAUGAUUAUGA